AUGGCGUUAUUCGAAAUGGAUUUUCUUGACGAUGUUCGAAGAAUGAACAAGCGACAACUGUAUUAUCAAGUGCUGAAUUUUGCUAUGAUUGUGUCAUCCGCACUUAUGAUUUGGAAAGGCUUGAUGGUUGUAACCGGAAGUGAAUCUCCUAUUGUAGUUGUUCUUAGUGGCAGUAUGGAACCAGCUUUUUACAGAGGAGAUUUGCUGUUUCUUACAAACUACAAAGAUGAACCAAUUCGGGCUGGUGAUAUUGUUGUAUUCAAAGUAGAAGGAAGAGAUAUUCCAAUUGUGCACAGAGUACUGAAAGUUCAUGAGAAAAAAAAUGGUAGUGUAAAAUUCCUCACCAAAGGAGAUAACAAUUCAGUAGAUGACAGGGGGUUAUACGCCCCUGGCCAGUUAUGGCUGCAGAAAAAAGAUGUCGUUGGUCGAGCACGUGGUUUUGUUCCCUAUGUUGGCAUAGUAACCAUAUUGAUGAAUGACUAUCCUAAAUUAAAGUAUGCCAUAUUGGUGUGUCUUGGUUUGUUUGUGCUUAUACAUCGGGAAUAA